AUGCGUAUCCAAGCUGCUGCCCUCUUGAGCUAUCAGCUCAUUCUACAGACGCUCUCCCAGGUUGACAACAAACCCUCCGGCCUCUCCGGCAUCUUCCAGAUUAAUAGCGACUCAGAGUUCGCGUUCGUCUUGGAGCCCAUCAUGUCACUCAAUAGCAAUCACGGUGGAUCAACGGGUGAGGUCUUGCGGGCUGCAAGCCAGAUUACCCUAGGAGACUUUGAGAGCUGGUAUGAUACGUUUUUGUUCCUAAAAUUCGCUGCAUUUGAUGACAUUCAUAAUAAAGCUGUGGCGCUGAGACUGGAUAUAGAAUAA